AUGCUCAUCAUCUCCUCUCGCAGUGCGCUGCUGUCCGUCUACUACCCACAGAUCUUCCUCAUCCUCACCAGCGGUAGCUACCUGGCACUAUCCUCGGUGGUAGCCCUGGGUGCAAACAUCAUUUGCAACAAGAUACCGGGUUUGGCCCCCCGUCAGAGGGCCCUAUGUCAGACUCGGCCCGACGCAAUCAUCGUCAUUGGCGAGGGCGCCCAGCUGGGAAUCAAUGAGUGCCAGUACCAGUUCCGCUAUGGCCGGUGGAACUGCUCGGCCCUGGGCGAGAGGACCGUCUUUGGACAAGAGCUGAGAGUAGGCAGCAGGGAGGCAGCGUUCACAUACGCCAUCACCACAGCCGGAGUGGCCCACGCAGUGACGGCAGCCUGUAGCCAAGGCAACCUGAGCCAGUGUGGCUGCGACCGCGAGAAGCAGGGCUACCACGACCAAGAGGAGGGCUGGAAGUGGGGAGGCUGCUCGGCCGACGUUAAGUACGGCGUGGAGUUCUCGCGGCGCUUUGUCGACGCCCGAGAGAUCAAGAAAAACGCCCGGCGGCUGAUGAACCUGCACAACAAUGAGGCAGGGCGAAAGAUCCUGGAGGAGAGGAUGAAGCUCGAGUGCAAGUGUCAUGGCGUUUCCGGUUCUUGCACCACUAAGACCUGCUGGAUCACCCUACCAAAGUUCAGAGAGAUUGGCUACCUGCUGAAGGAGCGCUACAGCGAAGCGGUUCAAGUGGAGCCUGUUCGGGCCUCGCGGCUCCGCCAGCCGUCUUUCCUGCGUCUCAAAGAGGCCCGGGGCUACCAGAAGCCCACCGACACGGACCUGGUCUACCUGGAGCGCUCGCCCAACUACUGCGAGGAGGAUACGGCGACGGGGAGCACGGGGACGAGGGGCAGGCUGUGCAACGGCACCUCGACCCACACAGACAGCUGCAAUGUGAUGUGCUGCGGCCGGGGUUACAACACACACCACUACACGCGCGUGUGGCAGUGCAACUGUAAGUUCCACUGGUGCUGCUUCGUCAAGUGCAACACCUGCAGGGAGAAAUCUGAGGUUUUCACCUGCAAGUAG